ACGUUUGAAUCUGUCACUAGGGGGCGACAAUGUUCCUUCUUUCACGGCGGAAGUGAAGCAAGGUUAGUUCCGGUGAGUCCUUCACUGGCAAUAGGAAAUAACGUGCAAUGGGUACUGCGCGUUAAACAUCCAGGAUUACAGAUGACACCAGAGAGUUCCCAUUGUGCUCAUUGACGUCUGUGGAGCGGAAGGAUGGCGAGUUUGUGGCGGUCCUACCAGGUGCUGAUGGGACGCCACCCCUGGACUGUGCAGAUUGUGACUGCAGGCUCGCUAGUGGGCGUGGGCGACGUCAUCGCCCAGCAGCUGAUUGAGAGGCGCGGAGUCGCCGGUCACAACGUACGUCGCACCGCCAAGAUGAUGGGCGUCGGCUUCUUUUUUGUGGGUCCCGUCAUUGGAAGCUGGUACAAAGUUCUGGACCGACUGGUGGCGGGAGGAAGCAAGAGUGCUGCGUUCAAGAAGAUGACGGUGGAUCAGUGUUCUAAACGGACUGACAGUGGAGGAGAACGUCGCCAAGAUGCGCAGGGUGAGAAUGAUUCAUGGGUACCUCCACCAAGGAAAAGGACUAUACAGAUGCUCUCAUCGCCAACUAUUAUCUGUGGCCGCCUGUGCAGAUGGCCAACUUCUACUUCAUCCCGCUCCACUACAGCCAUGAAAUCAGCGUCGCUGCUUCUGCUCCUCUUCUCCUCGGUGCUACUCCCUCCCGCCGCCAGCAGAGGGCGCCCCCUCUUGGACAACACGCUCCAGCCAGGCCAGGUGCUUCUCAAGGCGGCUUCAGCCGGGGACAGCAGUGCCGCCCGCCUGCUGGGCUUCAGCAUCCCCAAACAUUUUCUUGGGAAGGAGGAUUAUGAUGAUAAUAACGUUGAAGCGGAGGAGGGGCAGCUUCAGAAGCGCAACGAAGACGCGCCAAUCUCCAUCGACUUGACCUUUCACCUCCUGAGGAACAUGAUCCACUUGGCCCGGACGGAGAAGCAGAGGCAGAGGGCUCACUUCAACCGCAAAGUGCUGGAUGAGGUCGGCAAGUAACAGUCAUCACGCCGUCGUCGUCCUCCUCUUUUACGCACGCUCGCUUCCUCUUAACGUAAAUAUUGUACAUAACAUGAAUAUUAGAGCUGGAAAUGUGAAAGUUUAAGGUUUAUGUCACAUGAUGAAUGUCUGUUGAAAUGAUUAAAGCCGUUUUCACAAUGCAAAA